AUGAAGAAAAUUGAAAAAGUUGCAGAUACACUUUCCACUGCAUCAAUUGAGAAAAAACCUAAAAUGUUGGCACAAAUAGAGGCAAAACUAGGUACCGCAGCAAAGCAAUCAUUCGGAGAUGGGGGAGACAAAUAUGUCGAGCUAAUAAUGCAAGGGGUAAGAUUAAGUGCGUUUAACGACACUUUCAAUGUUCCUAAAGAAAUUGAUACAUCUCAGUUUAAAGCAAAAAAUGAUAUUAUUUCUGAAUCAACUGUCGAUGCAUAUCAAAGUAGUGAACGUAUUGUAAAAGAUCAUUUGGCUAAACAAAUAACGGAUAAAAUUGAAGCCUUUUCAAAGAUGUACAUGAUGAAGUUAAAGACAUCUGACGAAAAACGUAACUUUUUAGAAAACGUUCGGAAAAAAUUUUUAGACAUGGUAAAGACAAAACAUUUUGAAGCAUUAAAUGAUAACGACAUAGUGAAUUAUAACGAAAUGAUCACAAAAAGUAUGAAUGUUAUUUUGAAAAGGAAUCUCGAACAGAGCGCAAGAAGAAUGGUAUUUAGUCAGGAGAGACAGACCCAAAAUUCCAGUGGUGAAUGGUUGGAGUAUAGGAAAGACAAAAAUCAUGAAAAUGAUGAAUUAGAAAAGGAAUGCGUCGUAUCAAUUGCAAAGACUUGUGCUGAAGUAAAAUUGUUAAAUAAAUUUUCAUGUCAGACUGGAGAAAAAAAUAUUAAUGUAGAAGAUGUUUUCGACAGGGUCGUUAACUGCUCAGAAUCAGACGUUAUAAAUAGCACACAUCAAGCUAAUAAAAUAUUGCAUGAUGCUAAAAACACUUUAUUCGAAAUGAAGCAGUUGUUUGAGCAAAACUGUCUUUCGGAUAAAAUCAAUGAAACUCGUACAUAUAGAAAUAUAAUAAAUGACUUAAUAAAAGCUCAAAUUAAUGUUGUAAGUGAUUUUCAAGAUAGCCUUGAUCCAAACAAAAAAAUUGCAAAUAAUGAAGAAACGCUAAAAAAGGUUUUAGACAUUUUGAACGCAAUAGUUAUAUAUCUGAGUAAAGGGAUUUGCUCCCGACAAGAAAAAGCUAGUGAACUUGUAGCCAAUGCCCGCCGGUUCAAUCAGAUUUUAGAUGAGGAUUUAGAACAAGUAAUAAUAGAAAGCGCUUUAUUUCCGAAAUCAUGUGUUUGUGACAAAGAUCGAUGUAUAUCUCAUAAUUGUAUCAAGUCUUGCACAAAUUUCUGUAUACUUCAUUAUAGUUUGGGACGAUGGAGCUGUUCAGCUGUCAUUGGAAAUUCGAGCAUCCAUUUAAAUGCAAUUUGCGAUGGUAAACUUGACUGUUAUGAUGAGUCUGACGAAAGUGAAUGUAGCACAGGCAAAGGAAGAAACAAAUUCAAAGCUAACGAAGCAUUUUUACAAACAAUUAAAAUUUUCGAAAUGAAGAUGGCAUCAAAAGACUACGACCGCGUCACACAAAUGCUUCUAGUAGCUGAAAAACGCGAAAGGCCAACUCCUCUCAUCUUCAAGCAAAUUGUCAGGGAUGUGCUGCAAGAUUUGGUUUACGCCUAUGCAUCUUUAGACAUUAGCAGAAGGAAAAAUACACAUAACGAUGUUCAAGAGUUUUUCGAUGUCGCUCAAAUAGUUGUAAAUGCUUUGAAAACUUGUGGGAAGUAUUUUAGCUUGAUAUUCCUCAGUUUCCCUGUCAGCUUCACUUCGGCCAUGUUUCGCUGGCUGGAAGACGACACUUUCGAUUGUGUGGUUGGCAUCGCUGUGGACAAUAAGCCAGUCGGCGUCGGCACCUUCGUCCACGACCGUCUAGUUAUCACAUCUGCAAAUCCUUUAGCCAACGUCCAAAAGCACAGAAUAAAACUUUUCGCCAUUAAUGGUAAUCCGGAGAGUGCUAGGGAAGUUAACGUCGACUAUAUCACAGUUGAUAAAGAAAGGCAGAGGGAAUGGAUAAGAGUAGGUUUUGACAAGAGACAUAACACGAAUCGUGAUAUAACACUUAUAUCAGUAACGGAUAAUGAAACAGUAUUUAUCAAGCAUCAGACACUGCCAAGAAGACCGUAUUACUUGCCAUUGGCAAAUAAAGAAGCAGAGGCGGCCAUCGCUGGCUGGCAGUUCGCUGGUUUUGGGUACGCAAGCCGACGGCAUGUGAAGAAUAGUUCCAUCCUCAAAGCGGUUACGUACAGGCACCCUGUGCUAGUAGAUUGUAAAAAAUAUUUGCCGAUAGCUUGGGGGCACUUCAUAUGUAUACUAAAUGUGGAGAAUUUUGCUGGAAUACAAUCUGGAGCACCAUUGAUACACAAGAACUCAGUAUACGGUGUCGGAUCUUUCUCAUUUGUAAAAGACAAUAGUAGCAUAUUGGUUUUUACAGACGUAAGAGCUUAUAGGGGACGUCCAUAUUAUGGUUACGGCGCACCUCCACCACCCCCUCACGGCUAUCCGCCUGGUCAUCUACCGAUGUACCCUGGCCCUGGUGUCGUCUACUACCCAGUCCACCCUGCAUACUUUUAUCCCUACCCGCCACCUCCUGAGCCAGUCCAAGUGGUCGAAAAUGCUGAGGCUGAGGAAAUCGUACCGGAAUUACCCGGAGAAACUGUCGAAUUGCCUUGGAGUACUUACCGCUGGGUUCCGGCUUGUCUAAGUCAACGCAGCAUCCCUCCCGGUGCCUUACGCGUGGGCACGGACGUUGAUGGAGAUGAAAUCUAUGCUGGUCGCGCCCACCACGAGGGCGAUAUCCUGCCUGCUAAGGUCAUCCCCUCAAAGAAUGCGUGUUACAUUGCAUACGGUGGUGAAGAGAUCUUGAAAGACCAGUUCGAGGUCUUGGUCCCGGCAAUAUUCUCGUGGCAGUUCUCCACAAAUGGUGCUGUGCCCCCAGGUGCAGUUGAAGCUGGAGUUACAGCUGAUGGAGAAAAGCUAUACUUCGGAAGGGUGACUCACGAUGGGUGCACCACUCCUGGCAAGAUCCACCCUAGUCACGGUGCUUGCUACUACCCAUUCGAUGGCGAAGAGAAGAGCAGCGCGGAGUACGAGUGCCUUGUUCUCAUGUAG